AUGUCGGCGUCGGCUUUGGCAAUCGACAUGUCCUCCUCGGCCUUGGUCCGGGGGAAACCACUGACGGUUCAACUAGCGAUCCAAACCAGACGCGUUGCCGCCAUGCCAUGGUCCGUCCCCACGCACCGCUCCCUCCACCCUCCCUCCCUCCCUCCUCCCUCCUCCUCCCCCUCCCCCUCCCCCACCCCCUCGUCAGUAAAAUUAGAAUUAACAAAUGAUCCGGAUCCGGACCCGGACCUCCCCCACGCCAUCGCCCGUUUCAUCAAUUCCCAUGGGCCCCUCGACUCCGCCCUCUCCGGCCUCAUCACCCGCCUCACCCCCUCCACCCUCCUCCGCGUUCUCGGCCUCGUCCGCACCCCCGCCGCCCUCCGCCUAUUCCGCUGGGCCCAAUCCCUCCUCCCCUCCCUUCUCUCCGACCGCCGCCCCGCCGCCAAGACCCUCCACCUCCUCCUCCGCUGCCGCGACCCACGUCCCGCCCUCCACUUCGCCCUCUCCCUUCCUCCCUCCUCUCUCCCGGACCACUCUCUCAACGCCCUUCUCCGCUCCCUCGCCCGCGCCGGCCGCCUCCGCUCCGCCAUCUCCGUCUUCCGCCUCCUCCCCUCCCCCUCCGUGUUCUCUUUCAACUCCCUGCUGGCCGCCCUCCUCCACCGCAGCCGUACACGCGCCGCCAGUUCCCUGUUCGACGAAAUGCUCCGCCGCGCCCCCGCCAUUCGCCCCGACGCCUGUACCUUCAAUACCCUCAUCCGCGGCCUCUGCCUGAACUCCAUGCCCGCCAAGGCCUUCCACCUCUUCCGCGAGAUGCCCCGCCACGGCUGCCAGCCCGACCUCGUCACCUACAACACCCUCCUCGAUGGCCUUUGCCGCGCUGGCGAGCUUCGCGCCGCCCGCGGCCUCCUCGACGCCAUGCGGACCAAAAGCUCCUAUCUUGCGCCCAAUGUCGUCUCCUACACCACCCUGAUCCGCGGGUACUGCGGCAGCCUGCUACCGGCCGAGGCCGUGGGCGUCUUCGAGGAGAUGGUAUCGGUUGGAGUCAAGCCCAACCGGAUCACCUACAACACCCUCAUCCAAGGGCUCUGUGAGGCUAAAAGGAUGGAUUUGGUGAAGGAAAUCUUGGAACAGGGCAAUGGUGGCAAUAGCGAUUCCACUUUUAGGCCCGAUACUUGCACGUUUAACACAUUGAUAGCCGCACACUGUAAGAUGAGCCGCGUGGGUGAUGCGUUGAAGAUGUUUGAUAGAAUGCCGGAACUGAAGGUGAAGGCUGAUUCGGCCACAUACAGCACGUUGAUACGGGGCCUCUGUCAAAGUGGUGAGUUUGGGAGAGCUGAGGAGCUCGUCGAUGAGUUAUUGAAGAAGGAGGUGUUGCGGCGGAGAGGUGGUUGUGUUCCUCUGAUGGCGGCUUAUAACCCGAUGUUCGAGUGUUUGUGUAUUAAUGGCAAAGCCAAGAAGGCGAGGAGGCUGUUUCAGCAGCUGUUGGAUAGGAGGGCCACGGUGGAUGUUGGAGCAUUCAAGACUCUGAUCUCCGGGCACUGCAGGGAGGGGGCCUUUAAAGCAGGGUAUGAGCUGCUGGUCUCAAUGGUAAAGAGGGACCUUGUGCCAGAUGAGGAGACCUAUGAGGCUUUGCUUGUGGGAUUUUUGGGGAAGGGGAAGAUGGACUAUGCUUUCAAGACUCUGGAGGGGAUGUUGGACAGUGGACAUCGACCGAGCACAGCUACCUUCCAUGCAGUACUUGCUGGGCUUUUGAAACAAGAUGAAUGUGCUAAAGAAGCUGGUAAGUUGGUUGCUGUGAUGGUUGAUAGGAAGAUUCGUCAAAGCAUCGAUCUUUCAACAGAUGUCAUUGCCAGUCUGUUUAGAAAAGGAUUGAGUGAUAGAGCUUUGGAGAUUGUUAGAUUGCUCUAUGAUAAUGGAUAUUAUGUGAAAAUGGAGAAGUUGGCUGGAUCGCUCUGCCAGGGUCAGAAAUUCUUGGAAGCACGUGAGCUUUUGCUGUUUAGUUUGGAAAAGAGUCAGGAUCUGGAUGGCAAAGUUUAUGGUACAGCGAUUAGUGGCCUUUGUGUCACUGGCAACGCUCCAGAAGCAUUUGGUUUGUUUUAUGAGAUGGUAGAUAAGGGAGGUGCUAAUGUACCUUCCAAUUGCUUGGUCUCUUUGAAAGCUGCACUUGAGGAAUCAAGAAAAUGGAAAGAGGCAGAGUUUGUCUGGAAACAAAUGUAUCAUGCAAAUUCAAAGUGUUAAUUAUAAUGGAGUUCUUUUUACA